CUGCUGUUGCUCCCGCUUUCUGCUUAGCACUGUCCUCAACGUGGAAUAAUAAUGAGGUUUACACACCACCGUCGCAAUAGUUCUUCCUCCUCACCCGUGCUUCGGUGAGCGAUCAUUCCCUUCACGGCUUCUCGUCCUCUUACCUUGCAUUGUUACAAACCUUUGGUCCACCGAGUACCUAUCUUUCCACCAGGAUUAUUACUAGCCUGGACCUCCAGUUCGUGCAACAUUCAGCUUCGCGGGUCGAGGAGUAGUCAUCAGACAAUGACAUAGAAGAGCCACACAAGGGCACCCACCUAUCCUGAAGUUCUCUUCAGUCCUCCAUCGAGCUGGCAACAUGCCUCCCAAAACCCAUCAGAGCACCCGGCAAGUCUAUCUCCUGCCACUCACCGAUGCAGGAGCUCCGGAUGUUCCCAAUGAGUACAUUUACCUGCCUGCGCCGACCGAGCCUGCGUACUACCUGAGAUUUGCUAUUGAAGGAACCAGCUCAAUAUGCCGGGAGGGAAGUCUCUGGGUCAACUUUCCCCUAAAAGGUCAACCGUUCGACCGUAACCGAUAUCAUGAGUUCAAGCUGCACCCGGAUUUCAAUCGCACGCUCGAGAUCGACAUUCCCAUCACUUCCGCUGGCGCAUUCUCGUUUUAUACCACCUAUAGCCCUUUGCCGGAGUUUUCUACCUGCGAUGUCGAGCCUCCCAAGCCUACCCGCACCCCGACCUACUAUGUCGAUAUCGAGCCGAGCCUGCGCCUUGGUGGCAGCUGCUUGCCCCUCGAUGCUCUGGGCAUCUUCUCGGUCGUUUCCAAAUUCAUGGGCAGAUAUCCUGAGGACUGGAACAAGCAUCUGAGAGGGAUUAGUGCAAGAGGCUACAACAUGGUCCACUUUACACCACUGCAACAAAGGGGAGAGUCCAACUCCCCGUACAGCCUGUAUGACCAGCUGGCGUUUGACAGGGAACUCUUUCCCGGCGGUGAAAAGGAUCUAGCACGAAUGGUCAAAUCCAUGGAAGAGGAACACGAACUAUUGGGUCUGACGGAUGUUGUCUUCAAUCAUACCGCCAACAAUAGCAAAUGGCUCGAGGAACAUCCCGAAGCAGGGUACAGUGUGGAAACUGCUCCCUGGUUGGAGUCUGCGCUCGACGUUGACAAUGCUCUACUUGAGUAUAGCGACAACCUCGAGUCUUUUGGUCUCCCAACUGUCUUCAACAACCCCGGCGAACUCGAAACGGUCGUCGCGGGCAUCAAAGAGCAUGUGAUCCACAAGAUCCGGCUCUGGGAAUACUUCGUUUGCGACGUCAAAUCAGACAGUCAGGCGGUGAUAAACGCAUGGAAGAAAGGUGCUGUCAAAUUACCUCCUGAAGGGUUUGAGAAAGCUAUUGGCGGAGGACUUGACUCCUUCAAAUCGUGGUCUCUCCCUCAGAAAGCAGCGUUCAUCCUUGACAAAGGUAUGCUAAAUAGUCUGCGCGUUGAUGGGCAGUAUUCGCGUCUCCGGAUUGACGGGCGAUAUUCGCGCAAAGUUGACCCUGGCGUUGGAGCUGCCAUUAUCACGACUCUGUUCGGACGGUAUCAAGACGGAGCGGACACACAACCCGCAGAGGAAGAGAUCAAGGCAAUCAUAAACGAGCUCAACCUUCCAUUCUACAAAGAGUUUGAUGCCGACUGCGGUGCCAUCCUAGACCAGACAAGAGGGAGACUGCAAUACACGAGAAUGGACUCGCAUGGCCCAAGACUAGGCCCCAUCACCAAGGACAAUCCUCUCAUCGAGACAUAUUUCGCUCGGCUACCACAGAACGAGACGACGGCCAAACACGACCCAAAGGCACUGUCACUAGCCGUCAAUGGGUGGAUUUGGGCUGCCGACGCCAUGAAAGACAAUGCUGGUCCUGAUUGGAGACCAUAUUUAAGGCGGGAACUCAUUCCAUGGAGUGACUGUGUCAAGCUGAGAUACGGCAAAGGCCCUGAAGACAACCCUUAUCUGUGGGAGCACAUGACAAAGUAUGUUCGGUUGAUGGCCAAAUACUUUACAGCUUUCCGAAUCGAUAACUGCCAUUCCACCCCAAUUCAUGUCGCCGAAUACCUUUUGGACGAGGCGCGAAAAGUGCAGCCGAAUUUGGCAGUGUUUGCUGAGCUGUUUACUGGCAAUGAACAAAUGGAUUACGUGUUUGUCAAGCGGUUGGGACUGAGCGCCUUGAUUCGCGAAGCCAUGCAGGCUUGGAGCACGCAAGAACUGAGCCGAAUCGUGCAUCGGCACUGCGGCAGACCGAUUGGCAGUUUCGAACUCAAUGUUCCAUCAAGACUAGGAAACAAGUCUGAGAAUGGGGUUGUCAAUGGCGAUGGUCCCCAGACCCGAGAGCUUGUCAAGCAUAUCAGAGAAUCGCCGGUACAUGCACUAUUUAUGGAUUGCACUCAUGAUAACGAGAUGCCCGCCCAAAAGAGAGAUGCGAGGGAUACAUUACCCACGGCUGCGCUUGUGAAUAUGUGUGGCUGUGCAACAGGCAGCGUCAUGGGUUUCGACGAGAUCUACCCGAAGCUUGUCGAUCUUGUAAACGAGGAUCGCAAAUACGCAUCAAUCAGCUCUGAGGGCGAAGUUCAUACCGGUGCCGGCGAGGGAGGGAUCGCUGGCGUCAAGAAGCUGAUGAACCAUAUCCAUACCAUGAUGGGUAAGGAUGGCUACGACGAGACCUUCCUUCAUCAUGAGGGCGAGCUCAUCACCCUCCACAGAGUACAUCCCGAUUCGCGAAAAGGGUAUUUCCUAAUUGCUCAUACUGCUUUCCCGGGCUUCGGUAACGGAAACGGCGGCCUGAGUCCUGUACACCUUGCUGGAACCAAAGUCCGCCCGAUCGGUGCAUGGGUGCUGGAUGUUGACCAAAGCGAGCAAGCAAAAAGGGAGGCGCAGGGCGACAAAGAAUAUCUCGUCGGUCUACCAUCCCGUGUGAGAAAUAUCAAAGGCAGCACAAUUCACACUGAAAAUGGCGACACCACUAUUAUGAUCGCAGACUACUUCCCGCCCGGUUCGAUUGCCCUUUUUGAGACCUGGGUCCCUUCUGCCGAGCACUCUCUCGGUCUUGGAGCCUUCAUCUCCAGCGGCACGGAUGAAGCAUUCGGCGAGCUCGAUCUCAUCGAUCUAAAUUUUGUUCUCUAUCGAUGCGAGGCUGAGGAACGGGAUAUCAGCGAUGGCCAAGACGGGGUUUACAAUAUUCCCAACUAUGGUCCAUUGGUCUAUGCAGGCCUUCAAGGCUGGUGGAGCGUGAUGGAGCCCAUUGUUCGUCGGAAUGAUCUGGGCCACCCUCUAUGCAAUCAUCUCCGGCAAGGGCAAUGGGCUCUGGAUUUCCUGGUUGGGCGGAUGGAAAGAAUAGCCAAGAAGGAAGACUAUACUCGACUGGAAAAACCUGCACGAUGGCUCAAAGAACGAUUUGACGCAGUACGGAUCAUCCCGAGCUUUCUUCUGCCUCGUUAUUUUGCCCUCAUCCUCCAGACAGCGUAUGACGCCGCGUUUAAGAGAGCCGUUGAGCUGAUGAGUCCAAACAUCCAACAUGGUCAAAACUUCUUACAGAGCCUAGCCAUGGUCAGCAUUCAACAGACAGGAUAUGUCAAGUCUGCAUCAUUGUGGCCCGACAAGAGUGUGCCUUCACUCGCUGCUGGAUUGCCUCACUUUUCGGUAUCAUGGGCCAGAUGCUGGGGGCGAGACGUUUUCAUCUCUCUGCGAGGUCUAUUUUUGUGUACCGGUCGGUUCGCAGAAGCCAAGGAGCAUAUCAAGGCAUUUGGAAGCGUCUUGAAACAUGGCAUGAUACCCAACCUGUUGAGCAGCGGCGCCGCCCCAAGGUACAACUCUCGAGACUCGCCAUGGUUCUUUCUGCAGAACAUUCAAGAUUAUACCAAGAUUGCACCCGAUGGCCUGUCCAUCCUACAGGAGAAAGUUCCUCGUCGCUUCUUGCCCUACGAUGACACAUGGUUUCCUUGGGACGAUCCGCGAGCAUAUUCGAAAGAAUCCACUAUCCAGGAGAUCAUUCAAGAAAUCCUGCAACGGCAUGCGUCCAGCUUGUCUUUCCGAGAACACAAUGCCGGGCCUCAGCUGGACAUGCAAAUGAGACCUGAAGGUUUUCAGAUUGACGUCCAUGUCGACUGGAAAACCGGCAUCAUUUUUGGAGGUAGCCAGUGGAACUGCGGAACGUGGAUGGACAAAAUGGGUGAAAGUGAACGAGCUGGCAGCAAAGGAGUUCCUGGUACACCUCGGGACGGGGCUGCCGUUGAGAUCACAGGGCUUCUGUACAGCGCACUCAGAUGGGUUGCCCAACUCCACAAGACCGGGAACUAUCAGUGGUCAGGCGUCGAAACUGACGGCGGCGAGAAGAUCUCCUUCAUGGAAUGGGCUGAACGGAUCAAAACCAAUUUCGAAAAGUGCUACUGGAUUCCAGUGGAUCCCAAGGAUGACAUUGACGACGACGUGGAUCCCAAGAUUAUCAAUCGGAGGGGAAUCUACAAAGAUCUGUACAAGUCUGGAAAGGAGUACGAGGAUUAUCAGCUGCGACCGAACUUCUCGAUUGCGAUGGUGGUCGCGCCGGAUCUCUUUACCCCAGAGCGAGCACUACACGCGUUGAAAGUGGCGGAUGACGUGCUUCGUGGCCCCACGGGAAUGGCAACACUGGAUCCAUCUGACCUGAACUACCGGCCAUACUACAAUAAUUCGGAAGAUUCGACGGACUUUGCAACGUCCAAAGGCAGAAAUUAUCAUCAGGGCCCCGAAUGGCUAUGGCCCACAGGCUUUUUCUUACGCGCACUACUUUACUUUGACCUGAAGCGACGGACAGACGCUGCAGGUAGGAUGGAAUCUUUCCAGCAGGUCACGAGACGCCUCGAAGGAUGCAAGCAAGCGAUCAAGGAUAGCCCCUGGAAGGGGUUGACGGAAUUGACGAACAAGAAUGGAUCAUUCUGUGCGGAUUCGUCGCCCACUCAGGCAUGGUCAGCAGGAUGCUUGAUCGAUCUGUUCCGCGAUGCGUCGUCCCUGGAACCGGCAACCAAUGGAUUUUGAUGGAGAACACCAAUGGCAAAGAGGAAGUUUUGGGUAAUUGAAUGGAUGGAAGAGGGGACAGAGCUGGUACACGGUGUCCCACCCGGAGACAUCAUAAAAGGGUAACACUUAGGACCCCGAGAAUGCGCGACGCAAGAAACCUAGAGCGCGACAGGUAAACGAAUUUAUAUUGUUAGAAGGUCAAGACACACAGACAGGAGAACGAACGUUAGCCAUGAACGGCUCUUUGCUGAGCUCAAAAAUAGUACAUCCCAUUACACGACAGCAAGUCCAAUACACUUGACC